GGUGUGAAAUGUUACAACAAGAGAAAAGCUGUGCAGAAAAGAGCAAAGCCAUCAUUUAGCUGGGUCCUCGGGGUUCUUCCCAGGCUGCGUGAGCAUCUGAACCAGUGCUUAUUGAAUGCAUUCAGUCUGGUUGAAGUGGAUUGAGCACAGAUAGUCUCCUGCCACGUCAAAGAUUUUCUCCGUAGCUGAAUGAGGCGGUUUUGUUCCUGCUAGGAUUUACGGGUUUCAGAAGAACUGUGGACAAAGCAUGGCAAGAAUUUUUCGGGCAACUAUUGGAUAAUGGAUUUGGGAUUGGGAUUUUCAAAAAUGUCUACAUGAGCCAGCUACUGACGUCUUUCUGAAGUUUUGGGAAUUUGUGUCUCUAACCUGAUUAUGCAUCCUUGAAAAUCUCGUUGUGACCUAUAUAGGUCUUCGGGCUUCUGUAUACCUCUUAAAAAAACAGUCUUUCGCUGCUCUCUGCUGCUUUUCCCCUUCUGUAAAAUGGGGUAGCAGUUCUUCCUCCUCUUGGAGAAGAAUGGGGAGGAGAAGUACUGUGAUGUCCAGGCUGCAGAUGUUCCGGGGAUGAACACGACACAAUGCAACAUGUGCCACUAAUCAGUUCCUGCAGUUUCGAGCAUUCUCGCAGGACCGCCGCAGAGGGAGCUGUGCAGCACCAGAGCAGACGAGGGCCUGGGAAGGGUGAAAGGAUGUUGUUCUCCCAAGAAACCCCUUCAGUAAGGUUUGUAACGCACAAACCAACCAAACACAAGUCACAGGGUGCUGCUAGAACUGAGGCCUGUUGCCAUCAGAGCUUCUCUGAAAACUGGGCAGAGCUGGGAACAAGGGACAUAAUUGAAAGCAAAUAGCUUUGCUCCCAGUGUGAAGCAGGUGCAGCAGCUGAUCACUUGUGCUGAGCACAUGCCGCAGAGCAGGCACAAAGCUUUACUAUUACUUUCCGUAGUCCUGUCUAGUUCUAAGAGGAUAUUUAAAAAUUGGAAUGAUAAUGACCUGAGAAAACAUGACUUUAGACCAGAAAAUAAAAUUGCAACCAUUCAUUAUCAAAGGCACACUGGCAAAGAAGUGUUAGAGAACAAGAAUGCCUGAUGAUGCAAUGUUUUUCAUCCUGCAACUGAGCACAGAAAACCUUUUCAUAUGCCCUAAAUCUGCAGCUACAAUAAAGCCUUCAUACAGACAAUCUGCUUAAACAGAACGUCACGCUUGCCUUUAUUUUAUUUUAAUUGCAAAACAUGAUCCAGUUUCACUGCUGAAAUAUGCACUUCUUAAGGCGACAUGCGUAGCUUUAUAUUAUCCUCCAUUUUACUUGACGUCAAUAUCUGUGCAGUCAUGAAAUUAUAAGCUCCUGAAGUGGACCAUCUAUGACACAGCUGUUUCUCUUUUAUGUGGGGGAACGCCCUCACCUCGUUUUCUUCCUACCAAGACUUAUAUAAUUAAAAAAAUCUCUCUUUGCUCUGAGUCUUCGGACUGGAAUAGUCAGCAUCCUGGUCGCUUUGCUACUUAAACGUGUGAGCCUGUACCACCAAAACCAACAGGAAUUUUGCCACUGACUUGAGGGUGAGAUUGAGCCCUGGGAUUCCAGAUAUUUGAGAUUACUACUGGCAUUAACCCACUGUUGAGCCCCAAACAAUAGCAAAGCCCAGGUCUUAGCACUUUUCCUAAUAGGUCUUGCAGCGACCUGCAAGUGGGGGUCAGCAUCACCAUCCCCGCUUCCAAGGUGGGAAAACUGAGGCAUGGGGGGAAGGAAAAGGACACGUAGUGCCGAGGAGAGACCUGAGGUCUCCCGAAUUGUAGUCGGUUCACUGCCUACCACAUCUUCCUAGUCUGACAGUCUCUGGCUAUUCAUGCUGCACGUAAUUAGAAAUAUAUAAAUGAUGUGAUGCCUAGAAAUCUGUCAGGUGACAUCUUGGUUGUUCUCCAGGCUUUCAGAGGUGCUUGAGCAUUUUUUCACUUCUUGAUGCUUAACACAUCAAAAUGUUAUUGUGUUAGUCUCCCUUUUUCCUUGUUCCCCAGCAAUUGUAGGAGUUACAACUGGUAGGAAUUUGUCGUAGGAUAUGACAGUUGUGCAGCCAUGUGAACUGAUUGCUGCAGCCUGCAUUUGCGGAUGUAACAGCGUUACAACUGUUAUCACUCAUUAGCAAGGGAGACGUCCUGGAAGUGUAGAAAAUACUGGGUCUGGGUUGUAUUUCCUGAUAAAUCCCAAUUUUCUUGCUGCUAUGACGGAAGGAGAGCCAAGAUUUGAUGAAUGAAAUUGAGACUCACUGUGAAACACAGCAACAGCUUUGAAGAGCUGCCAGAUUUCAGCAAAGGUGAAUAAGAAUGAAAUAGACAUUUCUGAAUAAACUGCCUUUCCCCUCUUCAGAAACAAAUGACUGUCUUAUAAAUAACCUUUUUGAGUGAGAAUCCAUCCUUAAUGGAACAGGAGACAGACUGCGUAGCAGAGACAACUGAUGGAUGUUAAAAGACAAACCACCAAAAGUCAAAUACAUCUUCAGAAAACAGCAUUAAGUAGUAUUUUAAAGAAUGACCACACAUCAUAUUCACACAGAUGCCAGCAGGAAGCAGAGUCCAGAAACAGAAAAGCUUUCAGAUAAUCUCCACCCUUUAUGAAGCCAAAACCUCAACAUCACUAACACAUCUUAACUCAUUUUCAGAAGUGCAUUUGAUGCUGUAUCACGUAUAUUUUCUAUGCUUCAGCACAGAUUUUUCAUAAGAGGCAGGUUUAGUCACGAAAGCGUACAAAAUAUAUACUAAAAAGCUCUCUGCUAUUAAUGUAUCAUGUCAAAAGUUCAUCAUACCUGGGGGAAAGUAGUCUAAAGUGGGAAUUUUAAAAGUUCUCAGCAUUGGUCUAACUGGUCUGCUGAAGUCAGCGGUAAAACUGUUGGCUAUUGACAGGCAUAGAGCAGCGGGCUUGUUUCUACAGACCCACAACACUAACUAGACCAGAAAUUGUGGGGUUCUUUUGGUAAGGAUUGUCAGUAACGGCCAGAAACCCCAGUGAGCAUUUCUAACCUAGGUCCUCCAGCUGAAGUCUCCUGCCCCCAAGAUUUCCGAAUUCUUGUGCCAUGGGUGGGCACAGUUUAACCAGGCCAGGAAAGAGACACUACCUGGUGGCAAUAUAUAAAUGUCAUUUGGUAUAAUAUUUUUGAGAAGAAAAUGCUGUGGGAAAAAAAACACUUUCUUCUUGUCCUUCAGGGCUUGAUAAAGGGCACUCAGGGUGUUGCAAAACCUAUCCUUGAAUGGGUACUUUUCCAUCAUUUCACUAAGAAAACCUAACAAUACUUAAAGUCGAGAUCUAUCAGCUGUGUUUGGACGCCUGCAAGGAGCACCUGGAUCUGAAACCUUAGAAGCAGGUGUUGCUCAUUGAAUACUCACUGGCUCAAAAAAAAAAACCAACCCCAAACCAAAAAACCACUAAACCAAGAAAGAAGGAAAAGUAGGGCGCAGAGACAGGAAAGAAAGAAGAAAUUAAUCAGUCCACUCAACUAUACAAAGUUCAGGAGCAGGGAAAUGAAGUUUCACAAAGGAGAUUAACAAAUAUGCAUGGUCAGGUUUCCUAAAACCCCACAUCUGUACCGGAUCUCUUCAGCGUGAGCAUGGGUUUCUCCACCAGGAAUUCAGCAGGCUCGAUCUGCAGGAUGAAAUGACGCUGUGUUGGGGCUGACUCGAGCUGAGGCACUGCUUCCCUCCUCGGUUUGGCGGAGCCUGUGCAGAAUUGCAGCACCAGGAAUUACGGCCAGGGAGCGGAGAAAAGUGAAGCUUCGGCUCAAUGGUGCUGCGGGAGUGCCGGUAAAUGUCCAUCUGUGCGGUGCGGGUGAUGCAGAGGACAUUUCUCACAAGGAGCCUUUGAACUCCGUAGACACAUAGGCACCCAUUCACGGGCAGGCACACGCACACACACGCGAGGAGGAGGAGGAGGAAGAAGAAGAAGCACCAACUUUUCGAUCGCUGCUUUUAAAAGGGAGAAGCCCUUCCCUGGCCGGGACUUGCCUCCUGCCUCCCAAACCGGCUGCUAAAAGUAUGUUUCUGGGGCGGACUGCACUUCAGGGAACUUCUGGUUUCUGCUCGGCAGCUGUAGAGGAGCAGCAGCGAAGUUCGGAGUAACACCAAGUGAUGCGGGAAAAACACCCCGAGAGCAGAAAACCCUCCUGCAGACACAACCCCUGCUGCUGCACACAGGUCCACGAUGGGUGCCGCGACCCGCUCCCUCCUGGCGCUGCUGCUCUGCCGGGUGCUGCUGGGCGGCGCGGCCGGCCUCAUGCCUCCCGGGGGCCGGCGGCGUCUCGGCGAGCCCGGCCGCGCCGCCCCGGCCGCGCAGCGCCCCGAGGAGCUCCUGGGCGAGUUCGAGCUGCGCCUGCUCCACAUGUUCGGGCUGAAGCGGCGGCCCAGCCCCGGCAAGGACGUCGUCAUCCCGCCCUACAUGCUGGACCUCUACCGCCUGCACGCUGGCCAGCGGCUGGGGCAAGCGCCGGCGCUGGGCUACCCGCUGGAGAGGGCCGCCAGCCGCGCCAACACCGUGCGCAGCUUCCACCACGAAGAAGUUUUGGAAGAACUGCCAGAAACGAGUGGGAAAACAGCACGGCGUUUCUUCUUUAAUUUAACUUCCAUCCCUAAUGAGGAGUCUAUCACCUCAGCUGAACUCCAGAUUUUUCGGAAACAGGUGCACGGAGCCUUUGAGAACAACAGCAGCUACCAUCACCGUAUUAAUAUUUAUGAAAUUAUAAAGCCAGCCACAGCCACCUCUAAGGACCCUGUCACAAGACUUUUGGACACCAGGUUGGUGCAUCAUAAUGCAAGUAAAUGGGAAAGUUUUGAUGUAACGCCAGCUGUUUUGAGGUGGAUUGCACAUGGACAACCUAAUCAUGGGUUUGUGGUAGAGGUGGUUCACUUGGACAAAGAGAACAGUGCCUCCAAGAGGCACGUUAGGAUUAGCAGGUCUUUACAUCAGGAUGAAGAUAGCUGGUCUCAGCUCAGGCCAUUAUUAGUAACGUUUGGGCAUGAUGGCAAGGGACACCCGCUUCAUAAAAGAGAAAAGCGUCAAGUGAAACACAAACAGCGUAAACGCCACAAAUACAGUUGCAAAAGGCAUCCGUUAUAUGUGGACUUCAAUGAUGUGGGGUGGAAUGACUGGAUUGUUGCCCCGCCGGGGUAUAGUGCCUUUUACUGCCACGGGGAAUGUCCUUUUCCACUGGCAGACCAUCUAAACUCAACAAACCAUGCCAUUGUUCAGACUUUGGUCAAUUCAGUGAAUUCCAAAAUCCCCAAGGCUUGCUGUGUGCCGACAGAACUGAGUGCUAUUUCAAUGCUCUACCUUGAUGAGAACGAAAAAGUUGUAUUAAAGAACUAUCAAGAUAUGGUUGUGGAGGGUUGUGGGUGCCGCUAACACAGCAAAUAUAUUAGACAAACACAAAAAGAAAAAAAAAAAAGCUGACACUUUAAUAUUUCCCAAUGAAGACUUUAUUUAUGUAAUGAAAUGGAAAGAAAAAAAAAAACACAACUAUUUUGAAAAUAUAUUUAUGUCUACGAAAAAGUUGGGAAAACAAAUAUUUUAAUCAGAGAAAUAUUCCUUUAAAGAUUUUAAAUGUAUUUUAGUUGUACAUUUUAUAUGGGUUUAACCCCAGCACAUGAAGUAUAAUGGUCAGAUUCUUAUUUUGUAUUUAUUUACUAUUAUAACCACUUUUUAGAAGAAUAGCUAAUUUGUAUUUAUAUGUAAUCAAAAAGAAAAAAAUAUAGGGUUUGUACAUAAUUUUCCAAAAUUGUAGCUGUUUCAAUUGUGUGUAUUUAAGUUGAAAAGAAUACAUGGAAGGUUACUAUGGCAAAGUGCAUAGCACAUUUGCUUUCUGCUGUGCUACUGUUAAGGUCACGAGUUCAAGUCCAGAAAAAAGUGGAUAAUCCACUCUGCUGACUUUCAAGAUUAUUAUAUAGUACAAUUCUCAGGAAUGCUGCAGGGUGGGCUGUCCAAUCCAUGAGAACUGGCAUCCUCUUUAGGUGGAACAUUUGGAUAAGAACCAGACAUUGCUGAUCUAGUAUAAAUACUGCUAUUCCCAACUAAUUUGCAGAGUGAAUAUAAGAAGGGCCAAUAGAAGUCCUAGGGGAGGUGGGGGUGGGGGAAGACUGAGUCCUUUCUAGACCUACAGAAAAGUGAAUGUUUGAUGUUUCCUUUAAAAGUCCUUCCUUCAAAAGUCCUGGCCAAAUAUAAAAUAAUAAAAAUGAAAAUGUCAUCUUUUUUUCUGUGAUUAUGUAUGCUAAAGAGGAAUGAUUAUCGUAUUUGUACUGGCCCUUGUCUUUAACAGUUGAAAAAGCGUUGCAUACUUCCUCACCUCAGAUGAGAGCUCACUUCUGUGGAGUGUAAUAGUGAAAUUAAUCUUCAAUUUUUGCCCUUCAUACAGCAGGUUGUUGUCAUGCAGCCUCCUAUCUAACCUCAGCUGAUGGUUUUGCUGUUUUGCAGAUUAGUUUGUCUUCCUUUCCAGGGUUUUGUGUUUGAAAGCUUUUUUUUAUUUUAUUUUUUAUUUUUUUCCAAAAAUGUUUAAAUCUAUUUCAGAUAAUAAAUCACAGAACUCUGCUAUGUCUUUUUGAAAAGUC